AUGAACAGACCGCCACAGGGCCGUGGUCAGCCACGGCUGGGUGCGACUUGGUAUCCAGGGGGCCAAGAUGACUUCUACAUGCCAGAGGUCAUCUCCCCCCUCCCCCAAAGGGUCAUGCCUGAAGUCCCCGAAAACAUGCAAGACAAUAUCGCGCAGAUGGAAUACGGCGCUCGCGAUCCUCGCGACCCCCGCCGAGCCCAACAGCAGCCUCCGCCAGCUCAAUACCGCUCCCAGUACCCCGAGCGCAGCUCCUCCGCAAUGGGGGGUCAACCUCAACAACAGGCUCAGGCUUACGACCAUGGUGCUUACGCGCAAUCCGCAACCUAUGACACUAUGGAUCACCCCAACUUCUCGCCUUUCCCCGUCCUGCGAAACCCGCCACCUAAUGUCCCACCUACCGAUGAACAGCGGGAAGUCAACUUGGAGCGCGCCCGCAUGGCCGUUCUCUCCACCACCGACCCGGAGAUGCAAUUGGCUUGGGCUCAAGAUGCUUUGACCUACGUGGAGGUCGCCGCGCAGAACGAGGCUCGUCUCUCAGUGAUGCAGCCACCGCGACCCAGUACCCCUGAAGUGGAGCGUCGCUUGAAGACCGACGCAAUGAAUAUCGUCACUUUCUUGGCGGAGCAACACCACCCGAAGGCCGAGUUCAUCAAGGGUAUGUGGAUGGAGUUUGGCAAGUUCGGCUAUCGGGUGGACCGAAAAGAAGCAUUCCGAUGCUACUCAAGAGCAGCGGAGAAGGGGUAUGCGCGUGCUGAAUACCGCAUCGGAAUGCAGUUUGAGAGCUCGGGAGAGCCCGAAAAAGCAAUCAAGCAUUACGAGCGGGGUGUUGCAAGGGCAGAUUCCGCCUCAUACUACCGACUUGGAAUGAUGAUUCUUCUUGGCCAGCAUGGUCAACGUCAGGACUUUCAGCGAGGUCUGGAAUACAUUCGAUUGGCGUCGCAAUCAUGCGACCAGAAUGCGCCUCAAGGUGCUUAUGUCUACGGUAUGCUUCUAGCUCGAGAACUUCCUCAGGUCAGCGUACCCGAGUCAUUUCUUCCUCUUGAUCUCAAUGUAUCUCGAGUCAACAUCGAGAAGGCUGCAUACCAUGGAUUUGCCAAAGCUCAAGUGAAGAUGGGCGCUUCAUAUGAAUUGUGUCAGCUAGGUUGUGACUUUAACCCAGCUUUGUCACUGCAUUACAACGCCCUGGCAGCACGACAAGGCGAGCCUGAGGCCGAGAUGGCCAUCAGUAAAUGGUUCCUGUGUGGACACGAGGGAGUUUUUGAGAAGAAUGACGAGCUCGCAUUUACUUACGCCCAACGGGCUGCCCAGAGCGGUCUUCCCACCGCCGAAUUCGCUCUUGGCUACUUCUACGAAGUUGGAAUUUUUGUUCCUGUCGAUAUCAAAGAAGCCCGAAGCUGGUAUGCUAAGGCUGCCAACAGUGGUAACAAGGAUGCGUCCGGUCGAAUCGACAGUAUCUCUCGUUCCAAGACUCUUUCCAGGAAGGAUCAUGAAAAGGUUGCCAUCUCACGUAUCAAGUCCACUCGGUAUGUGGCUCACCAACGGGGUAAUUCUUUGGAUCCUACCCCAGAAAAUAUCGAGAUGCCCGACCCUUCACGAAUCACUCUUUCCGACCAGCCUCCAGCUGCGGCUCCUUACCCUGAUCGAGGUGCUCCUCGCCCUCGUCCAUCGCCAGGUGGCAGCUACCAAAUGCCUGAUCCUCGGCCAAGCUCAGCAUUUGGUGUCAAUCCUAACCUGCGUACAAAUGGACCGCCCGGUUACGCUGGAGGGCCUCCAGGUCCUAGCGUUCGGCAUCCAUCUUAUGGCUCUGGACCUGCCCCCAGCCCAAUGGGUUACCGCCAGCCCGGCCCAGGUACACCUGUCAGCGCUCCAGGAGGCCCAAUGAGUCCACAGGGUAAUAUGAUGAGUCCCAACGGCACACCUCGAGUCGAUAUCGGAUAUUCUGCACCAAUUCCCCCGCCAGGGGACCGCAGACGUCCUCCACCUGCGCGACUUGAUGGCAUGCCUCCGGACCGAAAGCCGGUGCGCACCCCGGUCGGUGGUCAUCCUGGACCUCUGCCAUCGCCUCGUUCCGCAGCGUCUCCUCGCAUGACCGGGUCUCCCUCCUCCGGCACCUUCCCUCCCCGUGCAGAGUCUCGUCAACCAUCUCGGGGCUCAGCAUCUUCUACUCCUCAGCCACCAUCCAGUGCUUCCUCGGUCCAGAAACCCGCUGCUCCGCCGCAGCCCGCUAAGCCUGCCCAACCAGCACCAAGCAAGGGACCCAAGACCUUUGAGGAAAUGGGUGUUCCCAGUGCCAAGAAUGACAGUGAUUGUUUGGUGAUGUGA